GCUGAACUUUUCUCUCUGGGCAGACUAUUUCAACCUUGCACUCUCCCAACCACCUUAGCUCUUCCGUCUCAAAUUCCCUUUCCAGUAAUAUCCGAGGAAAUGGAAGCUGUCGGCGCUGGUGCCAGCAUUCUCACCUUUAUCACCGUCGCUUUCUCGGUGACUCAAUCAAUCCAUUUGGCACUCUCGGCCAUCAAAGAUGGCCCUGAGGUCAUUCGUUUCCUCACCAAUGAGAUUGCGCAGCUCGAGAGCAUCCUGCAACGGCUAAAGCAAGUAUCCUUUGCUUUUAUCGAUGAUGUCGAUAAGUCUCAGUUGGAAGGUUUGGCGAAGAAAUGUAAAGACGACUUGGCCGAACUUGACUCUCGGCUGAAAUCCUUUGAUGUUUCAACCUCGGAUGGUCGAAGAGGUCGCCUCUGGAGAAAGCUGAAGCUAUGUUUCUCAGAAAAAGAUCUCGAUCAUAUCCGCCAUGUGGUGCAAGGCCAUGUGCAACAUCUCACAAUUCGGCUCCAUCUCAUCCAGGCGCAACAAAUGUCUUUGACUGCGACGCAAUCUACCCAAAUCUUGAACGAUCUCGAACAACUAAAACAAAAUAUCGCAGCCCUACAAAUAACCAAUGCAGCUACUCUAGUCACCAAGGGGAAACCGCCAUCCACUUCGGCAAGGGUGAUGGAGGUGGACGACGAAGAGAUGGACUGUUCACCGGAUACACCAUUGGAUGAGAGUAUCAAUCGUUUAAUGCGACUACUGGAGAAGAAGCCAUGCGUGGUCGAGUCCGAUAAUUCAGAAGAGCUCCUGAAAGACAUUGAGCAUCUUCUGGAAUGUAUUCGGAAUGAUGCAGAACCUGCCGAGUCAGAAGGUGGCUGUCAAAAUUGUCGCCAAGACGUUUCGAAGGAACUUGCGCUUAUGGCAAAUAUCAUCCUCUCUUCUCCAUCCAUGAUGAUCAAUCAAACCGGAGCAACAAGAUUGUGGAGACCAGCGAACGAACAGCUUUUAAUUUCACAAGAACGGAAACGAAAAACUAUCGAAACAGAUGAUGGAGUUAUGACAGUCACGGCAGCUAAGAGACGUCAAAAACCAUCUUCUGAAAUCGAAAGGGAACAGGGAAAAAGUGAAACCAGAAGAGACUUCAUCGCAAAACUUACCUACACAUCCAAAAGCACAAAGAAGAUGCUCAGCUUGUCGGUGAAUCAGGGGCAGCUUUUGUUCAACAGUUUCAGCAGCAUGCUGCCUUGCGUUAUGGUCUGCAAUAUUCUACCCAGAAAUUCUCCUGUUUUUUAUACAGCCCGAAACGGCUCAGUCCAAGACCUUCUUCAACUAAUUGAGGGAGGGAAAGCCAAUAUCCAUGAUCACGAUACAGAUGGAUGGUCAUUACUCCAUCACUCAGUGGGAAAUCUCCAGGUGCUGAAAUUCCUAAUUGAAGAAGGAUUGGAUAUCGAUGAAGUUGCAGGUCUACCAGAGAGUGACGGCCAGAUUCUCCAUUCGAGGGACCAUUAUGAAGCCUUGCUUUACGCAGGAGCUGACAUGACUGUACAGGUCAAUGACGGCUCGCUCACUGUAAUAGAGUUAAUUGCUAGUUCUGAUGACGAGGUCAGCUGCCUCAGAACGGAACAGACGCUUGACAUAAGUCCUUUUGCUUAUGCCGAUUCAAGAGACACGAGGAAUCAAGAUUUGAUCCCAAGGGUUUGCGUUGAAAGCUAUAUUUCACUGAGUUCCGAACCAUACCAGGCACGCCGACAAAUUCAUUAUCUCCUCAAGAAAGGGUACGAUAUCAAUAGCUUUCUUCAGGGGAAAACAGGUCUACACCACCUGAUGGCGAAACCUUGCCUUUGGCUCAAGUACAUACCGGAAUACAUGGACCUUUUGAUGUUUGUGAUAGGAAAUGAUGGUGAUGUAUGGGCUGUCGAUGACGAUGGAUAUCUGGCUGCACACUACGCUUAUAAUAUCACAUGUGAAGCUGAUUAUCUCUUCUGCCCUUCAGCGAAAGGUGAUCUCUGGGAUGCAGCUCUAUCUUAUUUCGGCUACGACAUUUUAAGAGUUCGGAAAUAUCAUCCACGCAAAGCACGGUACACGUCAGGAUAUACGCGUCAAGAUUUUGAAAAGUUGUGGCAAGGGAGGGAGGGCGACUGUCCCUACUGGGACGAUCAGCCGUGGCCAUCCUCCAGACAAAACACGAGAUACCCCUUUCAGCAACCGGGGCGCUCGAACCUAUGCAACGCUUGUGAGAUCUGCGCGAUGGUACCGGAAUGCUUUAGGUGCGGCGUCUGCUUGUCUUCUUUCGAGUUCUUUUGCGAAGAUGACAAUCAUCAGCACGACCGAUCCUGCCCAAUGGAGCAAGUCGCAGCCUGGGAACUGCAGGAAGAUGACGACGAAGUUUACUGGGAACUUUUGCCCUUCUCAGACAGCGAAUUGGAUUAUGAUGUCACGUCUAGCGAGGAUUCAGAUGAUGGUGGAAUCCAGUUGCAAGAUGGGCUUGAAGAAGCAUUUUCCAAUGCCUCAAUGGAAGAGGUUUCAUGAAUCGUGCCAUAAAGAGAUAUGAGAACAUUGCUGGUUUUCCUCAAGGAAAUGUUCGGGACGGCUCUUACCAAGGGAGUCUUGAUCCUGCUACGCGAUGCCGCCAAUGUCUUUACGUGGAUACAUCAUGGGGGAACUUUUG